AUGACGGCGGCCGAGCCGAGCCGAGUUUUGCUUAACAUGUGUGCUCGUGUUGUUUGCAAUCUUAUGUUCUUUUUCUGCAUGCAAAAAGAAAAGGGGGCCGGCUGGAACGAUAGUAUUGCAUCAUUGGGCCGCGUGAAAUUUAAACUUCCAGCAUGCAUGAUUACGGCAAAAUUGCACGAAGAGGAAUGGAAAAGUAGUCGCUACCGUUGUUUGUUGGAAAUACAAAUUGCGCUGUUGACGAUGUGUGACGAGGAUGACGACGAGGUACUCGUGUUCGAGUGUGGCGCUUCGCUGGCUGCCAGCGCAUUCCCGAAUUUUGAAGAGAUACGCCGCUCUGGGAAAUUAUGUGAUGUGGUCCUUGUAGCCGGCACACUCAGGUCUGUUCUGGAUUUUCACUCAUUAACAGUGAAUGGGUGUGAUUUCUACGCUGCGUAG